AUGUCGCUCAUGGUCGUCAGCAUGGCGUAUGUUGGGUUCUUCUUGCUGCAGGGGGCCUGGCCACAUGAGGGAGUCCACAGAAAACCUUCCCUCCUGGCCCUCCCAGGUCCCCUGGUGAAAUCAGAAGAGACAGUCAUCCUGCAAUGUUGGUCAGAUGUGGUGUUUGAGCACUUCCUUCUGCACAGAGAGGGGGAGUUUAACGACACUUUGCGCCUCAUUGGAGAGCUCCAUGAUGGGGUCUCCAAGGUCAACUUCUCCAUCGGUCCCAUGAUGCCUACCCUUGCAGGGACCUACAGAUGCUACGGUUCUCUUUCUCACUCCCCCUAUGAGUGGUCAGCUCCCAGUGACCCUCUGGACAUCAUGAUGACAGGUCUAUAUGAGAAACCUUCUCUCUCAGCCCAGCCGGGCCCCACGGUUCAGGCAGGAGAGAAUGUGACCUUGUCCUGCAGCUCCCGGAGGUCCUAUGACAUCUACCAUCUAUCCAGGGAGUGGGGGGGCCGUGAAUGUAGGCUCCCUGCAGUGUCCAAGGUCAACAGAACAUUCCAGGCAGACUUUACUCUGGGCCCUGUCACCCACGGAGGGACCUACAGAUGCUUCGGCUCUUUCCGUGACUCUCCCUACGAGUGGUCAAACUCGAGUGACCCACUGCUUGUUUCUGUCACAGGAAACCCUUCAAAUAGUUGGCCUUCACCCACGAAACCAAGCUCCAAAAUCGGUAGCCCCAGACAUCUGCACGUUCUGAUUGGGAUCUCAGUGGUCAUCAUCCCCUUCGCCAUCCUCCUCUUCUUUCUCCUUCAUCACUGGUGCUCCAAGAAAAAAAAUGCUGCUGUCAUGGACCAAGAGCCUGCAGGGAACACAACAGUGAAGAGGGAGGACUCUGAUGAACAAAACCCUCAGGAGGUGACAUACGCACAGUUGGAUCACUGCGUUUUCACACAGAGAAAAAUCACUCGCCCUUCUCAGAGGCCCAAGACACCCCCAACAGAUACCAUCGUGUACACGGAACUUCCAAAUGCUGAGCCCAGAUCCAAAGUUGUCUCCUGCCCGUGAGCACCACAGUCUGGCCUUGAAGGGGUCUUUU